AUGUCCUGCCCUGAUAUGAGUGGGUACUGGACGAUGACCACCAAUGAGAACUUUGAUGCGUACAUGGAUGCACUGGACGUAAACAUCGUGAUCAGAAAGAUCGCCAGCUACCUCAGCCUGGACAAGGAGAUUCUUCAGGACGGGACGCACUUCCUCAUCCGAACCAUCUCCACCUUCAGGAGCUACGACAUGGACUUCCUGGUAGGGGAGGAGUUUCAGGAGGACCUGACGGGAGUGGACGACAGAAUCUGCAUGACCACAGUCUGCUGGGAGCAGGACAGGCUGGUAUGUGUCCAGAAGGGAGAGAAGGAGGGGAGAGGCUGGACACAGUGGGUGGAGGGAGACCAGCUGCAUUUGGAGCUGCGUGUGGGUGAUGUGGUCUGCAAGCAGGUCUUCAGCAAGCAGGAGGACAAACCCAGCCAACCGUGAUGUUGCCAUGGG